GCCGUAGAAGAAGAGUUCACUCACUAAUAACAAAAACCCAAACACGGUACGUUAUUACUAUUAAAACUGUAACUACGCUGUUAUAACGUAGAGUUAAUGCUACGUUUUUAUCAAACAAACCAACAUUUAUUUAAUACAGUUAAAUAUGUUAGAUGAUAACACGGGUGAGCUCGCCUCUGGAGAUGAUGGGAAGGAGCUGCUGGCAUUGUGUGACUCUCAGGAGCCGGGUUUUAAACCGGUACCGGAGCUCCACACGACCCCCUCCUCCAAGUUUCUGCAGGUUGAACUGGAGCUGAACGCCCACCUGCGGGCGCUCACCUUCAGCGAGCCCGUCCGGUACAUUUACAACCCGCUGGAGUACGCCUGGGACACCCACCGCUGCUACGUGGAGAAGUACUGUCAGGGCGGACAAAGGAUCCUGUUCUUAGGGAUGAAUCCAGGACCUUUCGGCAUGGCACAGACCGGGGUCCCCUUUGGUGAAAUCAAGUCAGUGGUUGAUUGGCUGAAGAUCACCGGGGAGGUCGGUCGUCCUGACGAUGAGCACCCAAAGCGGAGGAUCACAGGACUCGCCUGCACUCAGAGCGAAGUGAGCGGUAAACGUUUCUGGGGCUUCUUCAGGAAGUUGUGUGGUGAACCAGCUCUGUUCUUCCAGCACUGCUUUGUGCACAAUCUGUGCCCGCUCAUCUUCAUCGCUGCCAGUGGGAAGAAUUUAACCCCGCCUGAGCUGCCUGCAGCUGAGCGGGAGGCCCUCCUGAAGCUGUGUGACAUUGCACUGUGCCAGGCGGUGGAAGCGCUGGGUGUUUCCAUGGUGAUCGGGGUUGGGAAGGUGGCUGAGCAGCGGGCGCGGCGAGCUCUGUCAGCAGCAGGUGUCAACGUGCGAGUCGAGGGCAUCAUGCAUCCGUCGCCAAGGAACCCACUCGCCAACAAGGGCUGGGAGGAGGUAGCCAGAGCCAAGCUGACUGAACUUGGUGUUUUAUCACUGCUGAAUAAGAAGUGAACAAGCUUAUUUGACUCAUUCACUGACAAUGGAUCAUCAAAUGAGGAUUUGAAUAACAGACUCAGUAAAUGUUUGAUCUGAUCAAUGCUUUAAUGUAUUGUUAAGAGGUACAGGCUCUUAUUUCUCCUCACAGCUCAGUCUGUACCUGAGCAGCUCCAAGGAGAGCCUGUAAUACACUAAUGCCUUCCACGUCUGCCAUCAUCAAUGCUCAGCAACUGCACACUUUCUUCUUCUGCAAAUAUCUAUCUGUUAAUUUCAAGAAGUCUUUAUGAAUCAGUGCUGAGCAAUGCCUCUAGACCGAAACACUAAUAUAAUAUAAGGUGCUUUGGAUAUCUCAGCAACAAAUCAGGUGCUGUAGCAAAAACAGUCCAUUCCUUUGAGUAGGAUUCAUGCAUUUAGUCUGCAGCUGUGGAGAAUGCACGAUGCCAGGGAAAAAAAAUAGAAUGCAUCGUGGUGAAAAGUUGAAACAGAAUCAACUUUUCGAGGAAUGCAAUCCAUAAUGACCACAAAACAGGACGAUAUAAAGAGAGAUUUCAAAAUGCAGUUCUUUGCAUGUUAACAUAGGCCAUUACAUAUUUAAAUUUACCUUCAAAAGUUAUUAUUUUACCAAAUUGAACAACUGUCAUUGCAACCUUAUACAUCAUACAAACAACAUCAUGCAUGUAUCCAAAAAAGAAUCCAUAAAGGUUCACCCCUCACAAAGAAAAACAAGUAACACUCCACUGUUGACAAAUGUAUUCGGUAAAUAUACAGUUAUAAGUAUUGUUUAUGCUGGACUACUGUACACGUCUAUACUUUUAAAAAAUGUAUUUUUAGUUGUCAUAUUUUAUUUGUUUAUGCCUUGAUUUUAUACUAAACUCUGACUGUUGAAAUACAUGAAGAAUAAAGAAAUGUGAAAUCA